GCCACUCCUCUUCAUAGAUAUGCAAAUUUAGCGUAUAUAUUUACUUAUAUGAGGAUAUAUCUCAGAAGAUAGCUCUGAUUUCGAACAGAAACAACCCCAACGCAAUGCUGGGAAUCACACUUAUCGUGGUACUUGUCUUGGCAGCUGUGUCGGCAAGCCCGUACUCAAAUGAACACUGCUCGGAUGGACGCGGCGCCUUUGUGCAUCUGUUUGAGUGGAAAUGGAAAGACAUCGCCGCGGAAUGUGAGCGUUUCUUAGGGCCCAAGGGCUACUGUGGUGUCCAGAUUUCCCCUCCAAGUGAAAAUCGUGUUGUCACGAACCCGAACCGUCCAUGGUGGGAACGUUACCAGCCGGUUAGCUACAAACUCGUCACCCGGAGUGGAAAUGAAAACGACUUCAGAGACAUGGUGUCCAGGUGUAACAAAGCCGGAGUCAAAAUUUACGCUGAUGCCGUCAUCAAUCACAUGACAGGCGUGGGCGGAUCUGGUAUCGGAACGGCCGGCACGCACUACGAUGGCAAUGUCUUGAGCUACCCCGGCGUGCCUUUCUCGGGAUAUGAUUUCCACGGAAACGACGUAUGCCAUACGGGAAGCAUGAACAUAGAGAACUAUAACGACGCCAAUCAAGUUCGAAACUGUCGCCUUGUUAGUCUCGCAGAUUUGAACGGCGGCAAAAACUACGUUAGAGAGAAGGUGGCUGGUUAUUUGAACCAUCUAAUCGACCUUGGCGUUGCAGGAUUCAGAAUUGACGCCGCCAAGCACAUGUGGCCAGGAGACAUCGGUGCCAUUCUCAGCCGCACAAAAAAUGUUCAUGCCGGUGGUAAGGCUUUUGUCUUCCAAGAAGUCAUCGACAUGGGUGGGGAGGCGGUGGGUCAGGCGGAAUAUCUUGGCACAGGGCGUGUUACGAGUUUCCCAUAUGGCAAGUACCUGGCUGAUGCUUUCAGAGGGAGGUUUCCUUUGAAGAACCUGAAAACCUUCGGCUCCUCUUGGAGUAAUAUGGUCAGCCCAUUCGACGCUGUGGUGUUCAUCGACAACCACGAUAAUCAGCGUGGCCACGGAGGCGGCGGGUCUGUUUUGACUCACUCUGAGAGUCGUCUGUACAAACUGGCUAACGCCUUCAUGUUGGCGCACUCUUAUGGCUAUCCAAAGGUUAUGAGUUCCUUUAACUUCCGAGGAUCGGACGAAGGACCCCCACAUAACGGCGACAUGAGCAUCAAAGACGUCAGCGUCAACUCAGACGACACAUGCGGAAACGGCUGGAUCUGUGAACACCGAUGGCGGCAGAUCUACAACAUGGUGGCCUUCAGAAGAUCGGCUUAUGGCACAAGUGUAAACAACUGGUGGGACAAUGGCGGAAAACAGAUCGCCUUCUCUCGCGGGAACAAAGCGUUCAUCGUGAUGAAUCUGGAAGGAUUUGACCUCAAUACAAGUCUGAGCACAGGACUUCCAGGGGGCAACUACUGUGACGUGAUUUCCGGAAACAAAGAAGGCAACCGGUGCACGGGAAAGACGAUUACUGUAGGCAGUGAUCAUCGGGCACAUUUUUCUGUUUCGCAUCGCUCUGAAGAUCCAAUGGUGGCCAUACAUGUUGGUGCCAAGUUGUAAGAUGGACACAUAGCUUUGGGUGUCUGGUGAAGAGACGAGGCAAUGGUGAUAGCAGGUGAUUAGUGUUGUUCAAGUCAAAAUGAUUUGUCAAAUUUCUUAACCGUAUUUUAUGUGAAUAAAAUUCACUUGAUC